UAUCUCACUGAUUUUCCUUGAACUUUCCUCAAAAAACAACUUUUUCUCUCUCUAUAUAUAACCCCUUUUUCCAUCUUCCCCCAUUUCUUAACUCUCUCUUAAAUCAUACACCAAAAUCAAACCCACAAUUUUAUUUUCAAAUUUUUUAAUUAAUUAACCCUUUUUUUUCAAUUUUCUCAGAGACAUUUCGUCGAACACAUGGAGAGCAAUAAUCAACAAUCAUUUUUUCAAUUCAGCGAUGAACUUCGUGUUCACACCUCAAAUUUAGCCAAUCUUUCUCUCAACGAUUCAAUCUGGAGCGUCAAUUCUUACCCCACUAAGAAAACAGAGGAUCGCCGGAAUUUCGAUAUUCGGGUCGGUGGAAAUCUCGAGCCCAACCCCAAGCCCAAGGGUAAUUUCGUCAAUAACAACAACACCCCUCUUCCUAACAACUCCGAUUUCAACUCCUUCAACGAUGGUUGGAAGCUCGGGUCGGGUAUCAAUCUCAACGGCGGGUUCAACAAAGGGAUUUACUCAAAGGGUAGUAUUGGAAAUAUCAAUAAUCAGAAUGAUCAAUUUUUGAGGAAUUUUAAUGUUAAUGUUAAUAGUAUUAACAAUAACAAUAAUGUUAUUAAAAAUAAUAAUAAUGUUGGAUUAAAGGGGCACAAGAAUGUGAGUUUGAAAGGGGAUGAUAUUAUUGGUCAAAAUCAUGUGAUCGGAGGAGGGAAAGGGAAGAAGAACAAAGAGGUAAAAAAGGAGAAUAACAGCGGUAAUAAUAAGGAUAGUAACAGUAAUAAUGGUGACAGUAAAAGUGGGGUUGAUAAGAGGUUUAAGACUUUACCUCCUUCUGAAGCACUUCCGAGAAAUGAAACUGUUGGUGGUUAUAUCUUUGUUUGCAAUAAUGAUACUAUGGAGGAGAAUCUCAAGAGGCAUCUUUUUGGUUUGCCACCACGUUACCGCGAUUCAGUGAGGCAGAUAACUCCAGGGCUACCCCUCUUUCUGUACAACUACUCUACCCAUCAGCUUCAUGGUAUAUAUGAGGCUGCAAGUUUUGGAGGGACUAACAUUGAUCCAUCAGCCUGGGAGGACAAAAAGAACCCUGGCGAAUCUCGGUUUCCUGCUCAGGUGAGAGUUCAGUCUAGGAAACUUUGUGAGCCUUUGGAUGAGGAUGCUUUCAGGCCAAUCCUUCAUCACUAUGACGGUCCCAAGUUCCGCCUUGAGUUAAGCGUUCCAGAGGCUCUUUCCCUUCUGGAUAUUUUUGACGAGACUAAGGCUUGAGAAAACACAACCCUUGUUCAGGGGCGUCUAUACAGCACACAUCAUACAAUUCUACAAAGUAUUAGCGACCAAACUAAGUAGACAGAUAGUAAUACGGUGUGGUGAGUAUGAAGACCGAAGGACACAUACUAUCAGAGACAGAAAGUUUGUUUAUAUAUAUACUUGUAGUAUAUAUGGUAAAUGACUGUGACAUACGUUUUGUAAAAUUGGCGUAGAUAUGUCACUGGUCUGUAUGACUUCCUAUUUAUGGAAAUAAGUACGAAGUAUAUGAAUGAUGAUACGAGCUGCUGCGAGUAAUGAUUUUCAUGGAGCCUAGCUUACCACAAAGUGGGUGGUGCUGGUGCUGUUAUUGUACUAACCUAUCUAUAAGUGGAAUUUUAUGGUUAUGAGUGAUAUUUGGUAUAUGCCGUUUUAAAGAUA